AUGGCUUAUGGGGUUAUCAUGUUUUUCGUUUUGAUCAUCGGUUUUUUCGGCAACGUGUUCACCAUUCUUGUCCUUCGACAACGAGAGCACCGUAUGAAGAGCAUCACGCCACUUAUGGUGAAUUUAGCCCUCGCAGAUCUGUUCAUUAUCGUGUUUGGCUACCCAGCGAUCAUCGUAAGCAACCUAAACGGUGAUUUGUUAUUCCCCGAGAGCCCAUUGUGUGUUUGGUCUGGUUUUGCUAACGGUUUCUCGGGUAUGACCUGCAUCGCCACCUUAACGGUUAUGAGUGGAGUAGUGUACCAAACUGUCAAACGCAACUUCCCACCGGCACACAAUGUUGUCCCCAAGAGACAGAUCACUCUUCUCAUUGCCUCCACUUGGCUUUAUGGAUUCAUUGUCAUGCUCCCGCCUUUGGUUGGAUGGAACCGGUUUGUACCCGGUCAAGCCAGUUUUAGUUGCGCACCCGAGUGGACGGCACCAAACGUCGCCAGUAAAGCAUACAUCUCGGUGUUGAUAGUAGUAGGCUUCCUUACCCCGCUGGUGAUUAUUGCUGUGUAUUACACCUUGACUUUCAGGUAGGCAUGAAACCCGGGUUGUGUACUCCGAUAACUUUCAGAUAGGUGUAUGCCGCCGGGGCCUUAAAACCCUGUCCCUAUUUAAGGAUAAGAUAAAAGAAAGUUGAUACCCGAGAAAUAACCCUCUAUUGAAGGGGAAACCAAAUCUAAUAAUUUGAUGGCAACACAAAUCGCUUUCCUGACGCGCCAAGGGACAUAUUAGUUUUAACAGAGAAUUUGUUUGAAUUGCACUUGAAUUUCAGCUGAAACAAUUUAGGUACCCUUUCUAAGGAUCACACCGAGAACACGGAGCCAACAAGGGCAAAAAUGAUACCGAAAUUAUGGAUCGAAACCCUCAAAAACCAUACCCUACUAAGCGGCACAUACCUUUCUAGCCAUUACAAGGGAUCACCCCCAGGGGGGGGGAGAAUAACAAGGAGCUUAAGUAAAGGUGUUUUUUAGCGACGCAAGUUAACUGGAAGCGGACUUUUCACAUUCUUGGGCGGUGGUUUUGCCAAAAACUUCUUUUAAAUAGUUUCCAUGAGAGUAAAGAGACACUUAACGGUUCAAAACUAAUAGUGUCUCACCAGAGUGUUGGUCGGCCAGGAAUCGAACUCAGAUUAAAUGAAUCACCCGGUCGAAUUUGGGUACCCAACCAAUAGCUCUACCCACUCCCACUAGUAUAUGUUAUAUUGCUUUGUUUUCUUUUGUUGGCUACUUUUUGGGGUCUUCCGGUGUGACACAGAAUUUUGCUUAAAUGGCUUAAUUUUAAUAGUAAGGCUCUUAAGAGAAAUGGAUUUUUCCUUCCUCUACACCGUACGUAUACAACCUGACCUCAUUAUGCCUUUUAGCCAAGAGAUGAUAAGAGUAAGGAGAGUAAAUCCCCAUAUUAGCCCUUUUCCACAGAUUAUCGCUGGUAAGUUAUUUUAUUUGUAAGUUAUCGCUGGUAAGUUAUUUUAGUUACUACCAUUACAUAUCUUUUGAUCUGUAACCCUAACCAAUAAUCAUGAACAGAGUAAGAAUUGUCAAGUUUUCUAAAUAUUAUGUUUUUAGCUUUUCGAUUUUUCAAGUUUUUGAGUGCUAAAUUGUGGUUUUAUUAACAUAAUAAGGGUAAUUUAAAACUGAAAGGAAAAACAAUGAAAAUGUGGGUAUUCACUCAAAAGAUUCAACGUUUCAAAUUUGGAAUUUCCCGCCUUGCUGUUACUAAAAAUAUCUUGAGUGGUCGAUCAUUUUCUCCCUUACCCUUAAUCCUCUCUUGGUUUCUCCUCUUCCGGCGUAUUAAACGUGACAUAUUUUUGUUCUUUGUUUUUUUUAAUCCGUAAAAGAACACUCAAACGCAGACCGAUGACCGGAAAUGCUUUCCUUCAAGCUCAACGCAGAAAAUACCAGAACAAAUCCAUUCUGAUGACAGCGGUGACGAUCGGUGCCUUCCUGCUAAGUUGGUCGCCUUACGCUUUUGUUAGCCUCACAGCGACGGUCAAAGGCCAUCACGUGAUGACAUCCGGGGAAUCAGAAAUCCCGGAGCUUAUGGCCAAGGCCUCUGUGAUCUAUAAUCCUAUCAUUUACACAUUUAUCAACGACAAAUUUCGCCACACUCUCUGGGGGAUUUUGAGUGGAAACCGGGGGAUUAUUCUCCCACGAGGUCGGUCAGGUAGCGAGGAACCGACUGAACACGGGUCAGUAAAUGCAGUACACGUGUCAUCACGUGACCAAUAA